AUGGCGGUCCUAACAGCUCCUCCUAAUAGCCUGCCGUACGUGGUGGCUUUAAACUGCAUGGAGGGCUGCCACGCGCAAGCCGAGGCGCUCGCGGACCUCUGCGUCCUCGAGAAUGUCGGGCUCAGCGAGGGCAUGCUCGACAAGCUGGAGCGCGCUGACGUGGUGCUCGUUCAUUCGCUGCAUUACCUCCCGCGCGCCGCGCAGAGGAAGCUCUCCGCGUCGCAGCUGAUUCUGUGCCUCGGGUCGUCCGCCGACACGCGCCCCGUCGAGUCGUCGCUCGCGGAGGAGCUCGGCUUGCGAUUGGUCCACGUGGACGUGCCGCGUACGGACGAGGUCGCGGACAGCGUGAUGGCGCUAAUGCUCGGGCUGCUCCGUCGCACGCACGUUCUCGCGGCGCAGGGCUGCACGAGCGCGAGCUGGUUCGCGGGGUUCAAGGGCGCGUGGCAGGGCAUGCGGCGGCUGCGCGGGAUGGUGUUGGGGCUCGUCGGCGCCAACGCUGCUGCGCGCGCCGUUGCGCGGAGAGCCGCCGUGUUCGGCAUGCGCGUCGUCUUCUGCGACCCCGAGGGGGAGCUGCAGCGCUCUCCGCGGGCGGCAGCGCUGAUGCGCGCGGUGGGUGCGGAGCGGAGCACAGUGGAGGCGGUGCUGGCGGCCAGUGACGUGGUGUCGCUCCACGUGGCGCUCACAGAUUCGACGCUCCACCUCAUCAACGACGACACCGCCAAGCACUUCAAGAAAGGCGCCAUGCUGAUCAACGCGAGCAGCUGUCACCUGGUGAGCGACAGCGCCAUCAAGAGGGCGCUCAACAGCGGCCGCCUGGGCAGCUGCGCGCUUGAUGGUGUUGAGGGCAACCAGUGGCUCGAGGCGUGGGUCCGGGAGUUCCCGAACGUCCUCAUCCUGCCUCGGAGCGCCGACUACAGCCAUGAGGUUUGGGAGGCGCUUCAGUCCAAGGCUGUGGCAGUGGUUCGGGCGUUCCUAACCUCCGGGAAGGUGCCGGAGGAGCUAGUGUUGGACGACUCGUUUGGAGGGGUGGAGGGGGAGGAAGAAGAGGAGGAAGAAGAAUCGCAAUGGCAAACGCUACACGCACUCUUCCCUGCUUCUUCUGCUGAUCGUGCUGGUGGUGGCGCUGCGAACGGUGGUGAUGGUGGUGGUGGGAUGGGGGGGAAGAAGGCAGGACGGGCGAGUGGGGGAGGGCGAGCGGAGGAGGGAAGGAGAGGUGGGGGCGAUGGGAGCAAGAGUGGAUCUUCUGGAGGGAAGAAGCAGGGGGGAGAGAGGAGGGGAGACACACAGGCAGAUGCGUUAACAGCUUCAGUGGAGAAGGUGGGAAUCCCCUCUCGCGUCUGCUCUGCUAUCCUCUUACACUUCUGA